CCACGUCGCCCCGCCGCCGUAUGUACCCGUGCGCACAUGCUCUCGGCCAUCGCCGCACUCCCUAGAGCAGACGCUUCCCACUCGCCCUCUCGCCGCGCACGGCGCCUAUAAAACUCGCGUGACCCCCCGACCUAGCUACGGCGUUCGUGCGCUAGACACGAGGCGAACACUAGCUAGCUACUCCCUCCGUUCCAAGAUCACAACUCACAAGUAGAGAUCGACCGGGAUUGACCUUGAGCGCGAUGGACGCGGCGGCGCAGGCGGGGAGGAGGAGGCCGUCGGAGGUGAGGGCGGAGGGGCUGAUGCGGGGCGCGUGCGCCGCCCUGGCGACGGCGUCGGCGCUGCUGAUGGGGCUGGACACGCAGACGGAGACCGUGCUGCUCAUCAGGAAGAAGGCCACCGUCAAGGACGUCCACGCUCUCUGGGUGCUGACGGCGGCGGCCGGCGCGGCGGCGGGGUACCACCUGCUGCACCUGCUCCGGUGCCUCUACCUCGGCCGCUUCGCCCACAACCCCUGCCGCAACAGCAAGGCCCUGGCGUGGGCUUUCCUCCUCCUCGACAAGGGGUGCGCGUACGUGACGUUCGCGGCGACGGUGGCGGCGGCGCAGGCGUGCCUGAUCGCGCUGGACGGCGCGCAGGCGCUGCAGUGGAACAAGGUCUGCAACAUCUUCACCCGCUUCUGCCAGCAGGUCGCCGGGAGCCUCGUCUGCGGCGGGCUCGCCGCCGCCGGCACCGCCGUCCUCUCCGCGCUCUCCGCCCGCAACCUCUUCCGCCUCUACCCCUCGCUCUCCCACCCGCACCCGCACCCGCACCGCUCCUCCUCCACAAAGUAGGCGGCCCGGCCCAUCGUCAUACAGGGUGGGCUCCCCGAGCGCUAGCUAGUGUUGUUGGGCUGAAAACGCUCGGCCCGAUUACACCCAAGUUAGCUCCUUCUUGGGCUUCUCUUCUGUUCGAUAUGUAGACUAAAAAAAAAAUCUCUGUUCGAUAUGUUACUACUAGUGUGAGAAGGCUGCUCCAAAAAAAACUAGUGUGAGUGUACUGCAGUAGCGUAUUUGCCCCCCAAAAAAUAUGUAUUAGUGUGUUUGUAUGUAUGUAUUCUCCGUGUAUUGUUCAUAGACCGUGUAACCUCCUCCAGCACCUUGAGCGUUCAUGAAACCAGUAUUACUCAUAUCACUGGAUCCCAGAAUAAUGUCAAGCAAUUGUUUAGCUAAUUAUGCCGUUGAGCUAUA